AUGUCCAAGAAAAAGAAGAGACAAGAGAAGUUAUGCCCAUCUGCAUUAGAAGAUUUACUUACUGAAGAGCUACAGAGAGGACAUUUGAUCAAUGAAAGUGCAAAUACCACAGAUAUGCAGAAUCGACAAAAUGCUCGACUGGAGCGUGAAAAAUGGGAUCUGCUUAAGAAAGCACGUGAGGCGGCAGAAAGAUCUGUUAAUCUUAGAACGAAGCUUGAUAUUAAUGAUGCAUCUCUCAGAUCAAUUGAAGUGGAAUUGGAACAUAAGAAUGAUGAAUUAUCUGCAGUCAAAUCAGCUAACAAUAGUUUGAGAGCACUUGUGAGAGAUUUACGAGCUACCAAACCAGUAGUUGAUGCUGCCAUUCAAGUUGACAUACGACCCAGUCUUGUUUCCAUGGGAACACCCCCUGAUAUGCAAAGGCAGCAAGAAGAGAUUGGAGAGAGUGAUAGUGGUCAUGCUAGCGGAGGAGGCGGGGCUGAAGUGAUAGUAUGCGAAGAUUGGGGAGAACGAGUUAGUAUCGCAUCAUCGCAAUGUGAAGCUCGUGUGGCCACACCCACAAAUAUCGACAGACACAGACGAGAAAGACGAAGUGUGAGAAACUUCUUAAACCGAUUUCGAAGGGCUUCAAGUACUGGAAAACGUCAUAGUGUAUCUAGUUUAUCUCAAAGGAGUACAUCAAGUUUAGGAAUGCCUCAAUAUAUUAGCUCAAUUAGACAAUAUGUGACAUCAGGACAUGCUAUGCUAGCGCUCACUAACUCUGACAUGGAAAAGAGACUGAGUAUUAGUCACCCACUUCAUCGUCGAAGACUUCGUCUAGCUAUUGAAGAACUCCGAAGGCCAUCAUCAAAUUCUCAUUUUCCUGAAGCGAGUACUAUUGAUCAUAAUUGGGUGGCAUAUACUUGGGCUAUAGACUGUGGUUUGCCGCAUCUCUCGUCCAGUCUGUAUAAUGGUAUGGUAGAUGGGCGUGUCCUCAAUUCUCUAUCUCGUGAUGACAUUAAGAAAUACCUCAAGUAUGUUGAUGAAGAAGAGCAGGAACAGUUACCACAGCCAUUGGAAACUCCUCAAAAUUCUUCUCCACUCCUUCUUCGUCCUACAUCUCGUCCUACAUCUCCUCGACCUAGCUCUGGAGAUUUUUUCUCCUCAUCCAUCUAG